UACGUCACUUUGAACUUGUGGAAGGCCCAGGCUCCAAAGGGGGAUUACUGGAUUUUGUGACAAGGGCCAUUUCCGAUUUAUUUGGACAGGUGUGUUACCUGUGGCGCCCUCAGGAAAACACUUCCUGCAGGGUUCCUCAACAGCCAUACAAAUACAAUGAGAGCUAAUCAGUCGCGGGCAAUGGAGAAGGGAUUCUCUUCAUCAUCCAGAAAUUCACCGCAGUCCUAUUUGAUUCCCUUGCACCGGAGCCUCGUGUGAGUCCAGCACUAAGCUUUUGGCGGCGGCAGCAGUCCCCAAACAGGAGUGAAGAAGAGCUUCCUGAUAAUAAAGAGGUGCGUCUUGUUUCCAUUCCAGUGAUUGACUGCGCACGGCUUUCACCACCGGAGCUGGGGGGCACUGACGCAUUGUGGAGUCGACAGGGGGUAGCACUGCCAACCCCGGCUGCGCUACAACAAACGCAUCUAUGAGCGAAACCGCGAUGGCCGUGGUGCAGCUCGAAACGGAGGACCAUCAACCGGAGAAUGGCUUCGUGUCCCCCGAAACCACGUCGCCGGGUGUGCUGACACGCAUCGACGGCUGUGUUUUGCCAUUUCUCGGGGGAUUUGGGAAGUACCAGAAACAGCUGAUCGCCCUGACAUGGAUUCCGGCGUUAUUUAUUGGAUUCAGCCAGUACUCUGAUAAUUUUCUCCUUGCCCAACCGAACAACACAUGUGUUCACCCCAUGGCAAACACGACUAAUUUGACUCGAACUCAUUCCUCUUUGUUUUAUGGUCCAAAUAAUACCAGCACGCGUCCGGCUCUUAUUUAUGGCAAUGGAAGUUACGGCACUCAAAAUGACUCGGCCAACAUGCGGUGUAUGUGCAAGGAGUGGACGUUUGAGCUGCACACGGGACUUGUGCAGAAUGUGGUUACCAAGUGGGGUCUGGUAUGUGACUCAGCAUGGAAGGUCCACAUUGCAAAGUUCUCCCUUUUGGUGGGCUCCAUCUUCGGAUAUCUGGUGUUUGGAGUCCUGGCUGACUGGUUUGGCCGCCAUCCAGUGCUGAUCAUCUCAGUGCUGUUCAUGCUGGUAUUUGGUCUGACUGUGGCCUUCUCUGUCAACGUUCCCAUGUUCAGCACCCUGCGCUUUUUUGAGGGCUUCUGCUUGGCAGGGAUCACCCUCUCUCUCUAUGUCCUCAGGAUCGAGCUGUGUCUGCCAGGAUGGCGUUUUUCCAUGACCAUGGUGGCCAGUUUCGUGGUGUUGGGUGGUCAGCUGCUGAUGCCCGGGGUGGCAUACCUGUGUCGUGACUGGCAGGUCCUCCAGGCUGUCAUCAUCUGCCCCCUGCUGCUAAUGCUUUCCUACAUCUGGAUCUUCCCAGAGUCGCUGCGGUGGCUGCUGGCCACUCAGCAAUACUGCCGCUCCAAGUGGAUCAUGGGACACAUUGCAAAGAAAAACAAGGUGAACACGGAACUGGAUGCAGAUCAGGUCCUCAUAGAACUGCAGAGGGCUCUUCAAAAAAAGCCCAAAAAGACGUGCAUCGUGAAAAUGGUCAGGACGCGGAACCUGUGGAAGAACAUCGUCGUCCUCUGCGUCAACUCGCUAACAGGCUAUGGGAUCCACCAUUGCUUCGCCCGCAGCAUGAUGGACCCUCAGGGCCAGGAAACCACCAUGUUCCAUAACUUUUAUGCUGACUAUUACACCAUGGCGGGCAUCGCUGUUGCGUCCUGCAUGGCGCUGUGCCCUGCAGUGAGUUUGAUGGGGCGGCGGGGUGGCCUUCUCAUGUUCAUGAUCAUCACUGCCCUGGCGUCACUGCUGCAGCUCGGCCUGCUCAACUUGCUGGGGAAGUACAGUGUCCAGCUGAAUAUAGAGCGCUCGGAUACGCUGCAUAGGAACUUCUCCAUUGCAUUCUCCAUCAUCGGCAUGUUCUCCUCCCACGCAGUCAGCAACCUGAGCAUCUUUUUCUGUGCUGAGAUCACACCCACUGUCAUCAGGGGUGGUGGUCUUGGUCUGGUCUUGGCCAGUGCUGGCUUCGGCAUGCUGACUGCUCCCAUCAUGGAACUCCACAAUCAGAAGGGCUACUUCCUUCACCAUGUCAUCUUUGCCUGCUGCACCCUCAUUUGCAUCAUCUGCAUUCUCCUGCUGCCCGAGACGCGCUAUCAGCCCCUCCCUGAGACCCUAGCUGAUGGCGAGAGCUACACCAGGCAACCCUUUCUUCCCCCAAGGAAGCCGGGAGAACAGCGCCUCCUGCUGGCCCAAUCCGAGAGCAGCAGGGAUUACACCAGGGUGCAUGACACUCCACUUCACGAGGCAGCUGCUACUGCAGUGUCCACCAUGGACUCCACUGCCUCCUCAGCUGUUGAUUUGACUGCUCCGUCAGUCAUAGAUAUAUCUGUCCCCACCUGCAUGGAGGUUCACCCUAGCAAGCCCGAACCUAAAGACCCCAACGGUCGCUCAGUUUCAGCUUCAUCCUUAACUCCCAUCACAGCCCUGGAUAAAGAGUGCAUUAUACUCGCCAGUAAAGAGCAUCUACUCUCUUCCACCCCUUUACACAAAGCCCCAUGUGCCACAGACCCACUUUUAAGCAACGCAGAGGACGACGCUGCACCACUCGAGGAUUCAGUUAAGCCAUCCUUGGAUACUACUAUUCCCCAAAUGAAUGAUGUUGCUCCCUCAACUACGAAAGAGUCAGGCACUACCCCUGCCACUGAGUCUGUUCCUACCUCCGUACUGGUCUGCACCACUCCUGUCAUUGAACCACCGCCUAGCUCCACGUUAGAAAGGCCCCCUUCUCCCAUUGAUGACAUCAACACUAUCACCCCAAUUCUCGACUCAACUACCCCACCUUUACCAGAGGCUACUCCUGCCCCUUUAGCGGAUGCCCCCGCUCCACCUAUGCAUGACAGCGCCCCUCCCUCUCCUACUCCCUCUCCUGUUCCUGUGACAGACUGCAACAUUUCCAUUGACCCACCGCCUUCCAUUUGCACAGACUCUGACAUUCCCAUCCAGUUAGAGCCCCCAUCAGUAGAUGAAUCUACAUCUACACCUGUCAUCCCCAUAGCUAGAGACUCUCCCAUACCUCCUGUCAUAGACUCGGCCCAACCGCCAGAGUUAGACUCUACCUCUCCUGGUGUUAAUGAUGCUGCCCCUCCUCCUGCUAUAUCCCCUACCCAAGUGACUGUUUCCCCUUCACCCGCUCCCUCUCCACCAAAUGACUCAGGUCAUGCACCCUCAGUGGAUCCUUCCACUCCCCCUGUCAUAGAUACUGUUGACCCCCCUACACCAUCCUCUACCAUUCUCCCUGUCACAGACAUUGUUCACACCUCCACUUCAGAAUCCACCAUUCUGACUGUCACAGAUAUUGUUCAACCCUCACUGGAUUCAGCCACCUCACUUGUCAUAGACUCAGAACCAAACACCAUUACAGACUCUGCCUCCUUGGACUGCACUGUCUCCUCCCCCAUAGACUCCGGCGUCCUUCCCAUCAGGGACUCUACCAGCACAGAAAACAACACUGUCAACCAAGUGGCAUCGUCAUGAUCUGACGCUGCAGCCGGGAAAAGCUUCACUGAAUGACCCUGGUGCAGGAAGUAGCCCAGGCUUCGUGGAUAAUGGGCACACUUACUGUCCUGCUCAGGCUUCAGGCACUUAAUGAAGACUGCCCCCAUCUGGAUUUGAGUAAACAUGUCUUACAGUGUUGCAUGUUUCUCAAUCUUGUCCUUAACUGCGAUUAGUCAAUGAAUGGGACCAUGCAAGUGGGAGAGUACUAGAGGCUGGUCUGUGACAAUGUGACAGUAUUUCGUGCUCUGCUGAAUGUCACUGGACAUCACCAGCCUAUAAACUAUUUUCAUGUAAAUCAAUGAGAAUCAGUGUCUGUCAUUUUAAAGACUUAAAUUAAACCUACAAUCACUGAAAUGUGUCACCAAAAAUGGUGAGAAAUAACAUGUUGCUCAGAAAAGAUUAAAAAAAAAAAAAAAAAAAAAAAAACUGGUACUUUUGCUCCAAUGAAAUGUUCAUUUAACAUAUUGCUAUAGAAGUAUCACUUCACCUUGAUGGAUGAAAACAAAACAAAACAAAACAAGACAAACAAACAAAAAAAAAUAUUUAAGAUUAUUUUGCCCUUCAGUCAAAUAAAAAAGUCAAAAUUGGAGUAAUUUUCCCAACACAAAGCCAAAAACAAUUCUGACCAAAUUUAAACUGAGAUUUAGUGCCAACAAAUAAGAUAAGUUUAAUUAUCAGAAUUGAACCUGGCUAGAUGGUGUAUGUGUCAAAAUGAAUCCGAUGAGACCCACUCCAAAGUUCAGAAAUGCAUUUUAAGUGUUUUUGAAGAAGAUAAAAAGAAUAAAUGACUGAAAAAUUAAAAUUGAGAAAUAACAUGAAUGAAAUUGCAAGUUUGCAUUCAUAAUUGUGGUUCAUUGUAUGAACAGUGAAAUGAUACAAGAAAAAUAAAGAGAGGCCCAUGCUUUGUUGGUCUAAAGAAACAAUUUUAUUUUUCCAAUCAUUACAGUCGAUGAAAUUUAUGGUAUGCAAUUGUUUUUUUGUAAAUGUGAUAUUGUAAGUAAAUGCAUACUUUGUUGUUGUGCUUGAUUGAAUUUUUGGGGCAUAAUCUCCCAUGCUGUGCCCUUAUUGUACAAAAUUAUAAGGCAUUCUUACAAUAUUUGUGUGAAUGUUUAGUGGCACCUUAUGCUUUGCAGUGGGUACAAAGCAUGAAAAGAAAAAUGUGAACUUGUCAAAAGCAAACUUCAAAAUAGCAAUUUUAAAAAGACACAAUAGCUAUUUUUGGAGUGAACCCAUGGGUGACAAAAUGUGAGAUUUGAUUGCAAAUUAUUACAUUGCCAACCUUCAGUUUGUUUUUCAAAUCAUCUUGUAAACAUAGUUUUUGUAUGUCAUGAUUCAUACAUGCACAUACAACUAAGUUUACCUUAUAUAAAUAUAUACAUAAAAAAACUGCAAUACUUUAUACAUUUGUCAAAAUGACAUUUUAUAGGUUCAAUCCUUGCUUUAUUCUCUGUCUAGGUCUUAACAUAUUAACAUUGAUAUUAACAUACUCUUGCUUACAGAAAUUGUCUCUGAUAAAUAUAUAGAAUAUAUGUAUGAGGAGCUUUUUCUUCCAAAGCCCAUGUCCAACUGUGGACAGAAUUAUACUUGACUAAGAUCAGUGUCUAACUUGACAAUGGUAGCUACAUACUUUGUGCAUUGGAGGUAAUUACAAUACUUAUCCAGAGAAAGAGCUAUGAUUAUGGGUAGGCCACUGUUUACAGCAAUUUUCAUGAAAACGAUACAAUACUACUGUACUGUAAAAUUCUAGAGCCAACUUGAAUGAUGUCUUGUCAUUUCAAAUGUGAUAAAACUCAGUCUCACAGUAUACUGCAUUGCAAGUCAUUUAUCCAGGGAAUAGCAGUUAUUUAAAAGUACAUGAUGUCACUCAGCAGUCAAAGACAUCAGUAGGCACAUGAGUAACAAAUCAUAUUCUGGACUCACUAUUUUCCAGUACACCCACUUGUGCUUGUUAGGAGGAACUUGUGCUUGCAGGUACUCACCAGAUGGAAAAAAAAUCCCAUGUCUAUAUCCAAGUAAAAUGUGCACUGACAAAUGCUACACAAUGCUUUGACAUCUGCUGAUCGAGCAUACCUGCUUUUGGUUGUUGUCCUGUGAGCGACGUCCUCAGAUGCAGUUGGUUUGUCAGUAUGCAAGCAAUGAAUGAAGCUUGGUUAUAGAUGCAUCAUCACAAAACUUAAUUUUCCCUUUACACAGACAUGCACAUGAGCAUUUCGUGUCUAACGCAUACCAUGCCUCAAAGUACAAUGUCCUGCAAUCAUGUGAUAUUUGAUUUGUUACUGUUUGGCUGCCUUAACAAGAAAAAGAAAAGAAAAGAAGAAAACAAGAGUGGCAUUUGAAAGAGCAAAGUUCAAGUGGUUACACAAACUUUUGCAGUAGACCCGCCUAUAAUGUAUUUUAUGGAGCAAGCUGUUGACACUAGAUUAAGAAAGGAAUUCUUGCAUCUACAUGUUUGUGAGGAUAUUGCCUGCAGUGGUCAGUGGCUAUAUUUUACUCCAAUUCCCUGUGUGUUUGUAAUGUUCUCUAUUUCAGUGUGCACAUUAUAUAAAUGACUUGUUCAUUGCCGAAUCUAAUGCACCACCAAGACAAUGACACAGCACAAAACAACCAGUGUCUACUCUCAGAUCUGUUGCUUCCACUUGAUCUCACUCCUCCCAUCUGCAGCUAUAGUACAUCCAACCUAGCCAGCAUACAAUUGAACUUGGUUUGGGAUACAAAAUAGCAUCAGUGAAAGCAGUCCGAAGCACAGUUAGAAUCAGUUUUGGAGACUGCUAGGUGAUGGGUGGAAAAACAAAAUCAAUAUAUGAAGAAACUGAUUACAGUGGACUGUUGAAGACGUUAACUAUGAGAAAGCCCAACCCACAUGAAAUGAUAAGUCAUAUGCCAUGACAUGAAUUGGCAAACAGUGUUGAACCUGGCAAGCAAGAGUCUCAGCAACAUUGACUCCCUAGUGCACACAUUUCAGGUCUUUCUUCUCUCUACAGUAUGGCUCAGAAUUUCUCGAUGGGAGAUUUGAAUGAAUGUAAAAACUAUGGAUUGUACUGAUAUAAUUUCAGAUUGUUUUGUUUUUGUUUUAACAUGAAUAAUGCACUUGUACAUAAGCCAUACCUGUUGUUAAAAUAAACUGCUAUUUAUUGAUCAAC